ACCUCCCAUCACCCCACGAGGCCACGAACCCUUUAGUUCCCCCUCAUAAUCUCCCCAAUUCGUAACUGAGGCAGAAAUCAAGGCAGGGCGGCCGCCCUACCUUGCCCUACCGGGUCCUCCGCCCGUGAUCUGAGCCAAAUCGUGCAUCAUUCUCUUUUUGAAAUUGAAAGAGACAACAGAAUCUACAAGUAGAUUCACCUACUCCCUCCGAUCCAAAAUUGUUGUCGAAAUAUUACAUAUUUGAGUCAAGAAUUUAGGAUCAGAGGGAGUAGCUGAUUGCAGGAAAAUCAUGAAAUCUCCUCAGCAGUGCCGUAAGCCAACUGAUACAGAUGCAAAGGUCAAACUUGGUGGUAAUACGAUGCAUUGCCUGAAGCCAGGCAAAUAUACCAACAAAUCAUCAGGCAAUGUUGGGGAAAAAUGCAGAAAAACAGCUGGUCAAUCGUGUAAUGGCAGUAAGAUCACAUUGAAGGGUAGCAGCGUUAUGGAAGCACCAUUUAGCAACUUGGCAAACCUAUGUGCUCAACCACCGCAUCAUUCUGGAAAGAUGAAGCUUCAAUUUUUUCCAAUUGACGAGUCAAUUCAAAAGGUCCUGCAGCAGGAGAAACACAAUCCUUACCUGGAGUUGACUUUGGCUCCUCGAAAGAAGAUGUCCUCAAUUGUGCAGCAUCUGAACACAAAAUGGGGCAGUUCUCCUUGUGCAAAAGGCGAGCUGAUGCUGUUCCCUUAUAAUGCCAGACUGGGUAAUUUAGCUGGCAGUGAAAAAUGGACUCUUAAUGAUUCUUGCACAGCUGCUGAUGUUUAUGCUGCUGUUGGCAGCCCAACAACAUUUCGAUUGAGAUAUGGAUGGUUUGAACCUAAUUUCAAGCAACAAAGCAGCAGAUCAUCUUCGGCAUCACUGCACUCUGCAGAAAAGAGUAUUGAUGACAAGCCUUUAGAUCUUGUUUUCAGUGAGCAGAAACAAACGGUUGGUUUGAGUCAAUUCCCAACUAAAUUUGCUGGACCAUCUGUUGAGUGUAAUACAGAACAGUCUAUAGUGGAUAACCAAAGUAAAGUGACUCCACUUUCAUGGAUUGACUGCAUAUCCAAUAUCAGUUUUGGAGCACUGUUAUCAGAGGCUUUACCCUCUCAAGACAGCAAACAACCGUCUGUACAAAAUAACUCGAUUCUACAACAGAUUCCUGCUACAUGUGAUUCAUUUGAUGCUGCUAUUGCUUCCUUGAUUGCUCGCCAGCAAGUAAGUAGCCAACCAAAGGUCACAAAUCCAUCCCUUUGGGAUGCUGAAGAAACUUGUCACGCAUUUCCUUCUCGGAGUCAAAAUUCAGUCAAGACAUCGUGUUCAGCUCCUGGCAACAGUACUGCUAAUACCUCGUCUGUAUUGCGUUCAAUUCCUGAAUCUGAUACAGAUGGUGAUCAGUUAUACUCUAGUGAAGGUAGGAAGGAGGAGCCAAGCCCUCAGAUACCAGUCUUGGACAAUGGUGAGAACAUGAAGCCAGACGUCUCAAUGGGGGUGUUUGGAUUGCGUCCUGACGUGUGCUGGCCUGGCCUGAGGGGCAGUGCAUGUGAGUGUUUGCUUGGCGUCCGGGCCGGACAGCUUCCACAUGAGAGGGCACCACGGACGGCAUGGGUUUGCCUGGGCGGCGAGCAAGGGCAGUGCAAGAGGCGGGGGCUGGCUGAGCGGCGCACGUGGGAGGGCGGCGGCGGGCGGGAAGGGCGGCACGCGCGGGAGGGCGGCGGCGGGCGGGCAGGGCAGCCGUGCUUGGUGAGGCAGGUGGCGACCCCCCGCGAGACUUGGUCGUCGCCACCGUUGGAGGUGAGCAGCACCCGCUUAGCGUACGCCAUCCGGUCCCUUCUUCCUUCCCCUUGGACUGGAGCCUCGUGGCGGAGCAGGAGGAGAUGAAGGGGAGCAGGGGCAGCCGGAGAAGAGGAAGAAGGGGGAGAAAGGGCUAAAUGCAUAAAUGGGAUGGAGCUGACAGUGGGUCCCACCUGUAAGGAAAAGUGUCAAAUGCGCUUAAACGUCGGUUUUGGGUAAACUGUGAAGAUUAGUCUGAAGAAGUGUGGUUCUGUGAGAAAAUUAUCGAAAAGUGUGGUUCUGUGAGGAGCGUGCCUCAAGGACUGUGGUUCCUUGAAAUUUACUCAAAUUUUUUUGGGUAUCCAACAAUAUGUCGCUAGUACAAAGCGGUCUAUAUGUCACGGCACAUCAGUAACGGGUCUGGCGCGACCGUUACUAAUGUUGUUUUUCGACCGUUACUAAUAAGUCUUUCUGUAGUAGUGUGUGUAUGCUGUUGGAACUAGUUUUUGAGCCAAAAUACACAUUGACGGUUUUUGGGCA